GAUGACAAGAAAGGCACCAUUAUUAUACCGACUCUCCUCCACAGAGAUCAUGAAAGCGCUCAAGGUUGUUCCUGUCCUCCUUUCAUUGAUUUACACCACCGUCAGCAUCACCAGAUGGCCUACACACAUAAUCUGCAAGAACAAUAAUUUGGAAGUGAGCUACAGAAGCUGUGAUCCUCUGCAAGAUGUUGCUUUGAGUGUUGACAGUUGCACCUAUGUAGCCAGCAGAGAUGUUAACAUCCGAUUAGCAACUGUUUUAAGGCACGCCAUCAAUGAACUCUCUGUGGAUUUCAGUCUUACUAUCAAUGGACAGAUUGUACCACUUUACAGCAAACAACUCUGUGAACGAAAUCAGCCCCAGUUUCAAUUCUGUGGAAAGAAGAAAGGAGAAUAUAUUUACUACUCAGGGCCCGUCUCCCUGAACAUGGAGAACAUCCCACAGGGAGAGUUUAACGUGACAGCUCAGCUCUUCAACGAAGACCGUCACACAAUUAUUUGUGCUAAUUUUUAUAUCAACAAUGCCUGAGAAAUUGCGGUUUAUUGCUUUCCAAGUUGGCAUUGCCUAGACCAGUGCUUCCGAAACUUUUUCUUUCAAUACCAAAACCAUUUAUUU